AUGUGUCAUCGACAUCUACCCCUUUCUGCGCUCAAAAUUCACACUGUCGAGAUUUCAGAAUCACAACACCCCAUCCCACCCCUCGCCUCGACACUCUCACGUUUGACACGGCCGACUCUCCCCUUCUCCUUCCGUCGCCUCCACCCCUCUCGCAUGUCGGCGUCUAUCGUGGCCGCAAUGCGCCCAAAAUUACGCGAUUUGGUUGGAUUCAUAUUUGAGGACUUUGACCGCCGAGAGAGAGGAGAUAUAGCUGAUGGGAGAGUGACGAUGAAAGCGGCCGUUCGCGUGUGCGCAAUUCCCGAGCAUAUCAUCCAUGGGAGUGGAUCCAUCGGCAGGACUCGGCGUCAGGCCGUCGGACAGGACUCGGAUAGAAGAGACGAAGAAGGAAGGAUGUUGGAGUACAUGCCAAAGGAGGAGGAAGCGACUAGGACUCACCAGAUGAUCCUGACUCGGAUAACAGACCAAAGAAAGGAUGAUAAAGGCGACUACGGUUGUGGUGGCAAGCUACCCCAGUUUUCAAGUGGAUUGCCUCACCUUCUCCAGGUCGCCAGUCACUCCCUCUCCGACGUACAGGCAAACAUAGCUCAAUCAUACACCCCUCACUCUGCGUCUUGCCUUCCCUCUCAGUCAAUGUUCACGUCCGUACUCUCAACAGUCGUAAACGUGAUGGUAGAUGUGGUUUAUAGAGACGGUGGCCCCCGAUUACAUGCCCUGCUGGAACGCAACCAAGAGAUGCAUACGAGGGCCUUGUCCACCUCAGUCUGCUCCUCUCCUCUCCUCAGCGUCUUAUCAGCACCCUCCUGCACUCAAAUUCACGCCAUCGAGAUUUCAGAACUAGCCGUGCACGCUUCACCUAAUAGAAUGCCUGAUGCAUGUCGCUUCUCCCUCCAAGUUGAUCCCGCGCGACACUCUUCCAAAUUACCCCCCUCUCUCAUUUGA